UGAUUUAAAAUGUAUUAUGAAUUGUUUUGGUGUUCCCUUCUGUUCCGUUCAAGUUUGAUCGACCUUAACAGAGAGCAGUGUAUCGGUUUGUUCGUCUCUAAAAACAACCGCGAAGACGUUGUUUCGCAAAACACGUCUGAGUGCCAGAAAAUCUAAUUUUUAAGUAUUUGUUUUUGUUAAACAUCAGGAGCUCGCGAAUUUAUUGUUUGUUUACAUGUGGUAACCAAAGAUCUUAUUGAGGGACAUGCAUGUGCAAGUUUUACAUGCUUAUGGAGACCAAUUACCAUUUGUUUACAAACUAGUCAAAGUUAAUAUUAUAGUUCUGAAUGUUAUGAAACGGGCCGGCAGUAGAACUACUGUGUCAGAAGUUUUGCAUGUAUGAGAAAAGUUGUAUUUGGGGGCGUGAAAGACACAAAAUAUGAACAUUUGUAGAAAUAUACUGCAGAGGAGAUCAUGUUUUUUAAUCAACAAUUUGAUGUAUUCCAAAAAAGCAGAGGCUGGUGCCACAAUAGCUGGGCUUGGAAAGCGGAAGAAACUUGGCAAAUUAGGUCCUGUAAUGGAGAAAAAGGUUCUUCCUGUAGAAACAGAUCCAGCUAGGUUAGUGUCUUAUGUUUGUGGUAGUAACAUAUACAAAGAAGGUGAAGAUAUCAAACUGAAGGAAGAUUCUGAGUAUCCAGACUGGCUUUGGAACAUACGAACAGGCAAGCCACCUGCUUUAGAGGAAUUGGACCCUAACACAAAAGAGUAUUGGAGAAGACUGAGGAAAAUGGCAUUGAGAAGAAAUAAUCAGUUGCAAAAGAUAAAGAAGUUUUAGGUGCAUCUGUGUACUGUACAUGGUGAAAUAAGCAAUACACCGAAAGUGUAGAUAAAGAGCUGUUUUAUUUAAUAAACUAUAACUCAGCACUGCGGCGGUUCCUCCAGGCUGUCAUGUAUGUCCUUGGAUGGAUUGGAUAGAAACCUGCUAAUCCUGUGUAACAGUAGGGAUAAUAACACUUAAGUGUGAUGUCAUACUGUCCAGUUUAAAAACAGAAUUUCAA